GUCCUGCCUGCAGUCCUGCCUGCUGUCCUGCCUGCAGUCCUGCCUGCCGUCCUGCAUCCCGCAGCCCAGCUCGGCCAGGCCCCGGUGGCACAGCAGGCACGGAGCUGGAGGAGGCUGCCUCCAAAGGCCAGAAACGCAAGCUGGACCCAGGGAAGCAGCCGCGGUUUGCAGGAUCUUGGGAACGCCGGGACCGUGGGCUGGACCUCACUGAUGCGUGGGUCAGACAGCGGCACGGUGCGGGUGCGCGGGGCACCGGCGGCAGCAGAGACGGUGACAUCUCUCCUGACACCCUCCUGGAUGGCUCCUGGGCGGCUGAGCUGGAAGGACAUCGUGCCAGGUGUCCCCAGGGUGACACCAGCCCUGUCCCACGGGAGGACCACUGCUGGGGGCUGGCUCAGCUCCUCCGCUCCCAGCCCAGCCCAGGGGACCGGAGCAGCUCCAGCUCUAUCUGCACGGAGGACUUUGCUGCCAGGUUUCAGGAGGGCAUGGUGGAGCCCCUGCUGUCCUCUGAGGAGGAGGAAGAUGAGCCCACUGGGAAUGUCCCUGCUGAGGGAGAUAAUCCUGGGCAGGAUGAGUCCUUGUUCCCCACAGAGAGAAGACUGGAUGUCCAGCAACAGUUGGUGGUGGAACGGGGCAGGCAACUUUCGCAGGGCAAGUCUCCGCUUCUGAUGAGGAGGGAGAGCCUGGAGUCUCUGGGACAGAGGAUAUCCAGGCUGAGCCAGAGUGGCCGGGGUCCCCGGCCAGCCCCCUCCAGACAGCUGGCCCUUGGCCGGGAGGUUUCUCCCCAUGGGGGUCCACGCUCUGGGGAAGACCCGUUGGUCAUUGCCUUGCUUGGUGAAGACCUGGCUCCUGGGCGUCCCUGGAGAGCCCCAGCCAUCUCUGCUGGCAGGAGCGGGGCAGGGGCAAGGAGGGGCUCUGCCAGAGGCGGUUUGCCGGGGGACAGCAGAGCUGGGACCAGGGGAUAUCCCUCCAGAAAGUCCCUGGGCCUGAGAUGGCAGGAGCCACCGGCUCUCUGGGGACGGUGUGGAGGGGACAUCACCCUUGCUGUGGAAGAUGCGGAGAAGGAAGGAGCGGGCAGCAGGCAGAGGAGAGCUCCCUGCUCGGCUCACCGUACCAACACAGCAGUGGGAGCCCCUGGUCGAUGCGGAACCUGGGCAGACGUGUCAUCCUGCCCAGGAGGAGUGGCUCAGUCCUGGUGGCAGCGUGGGAAGCAGAGAGCCGUGCUGCCCUGCAAGAGGAGCCAGGAGGGGACACGAGAGCUGGGAUCGGGUACGAAGGGGACCCGGAGCAGAGGGGACAGAGCCAGGGCUGGCCGGGCACUGCUGGCGCCCACCCAGGACGUCUGCCACUGGGACACGACGGACCUGGAGAGGAUGUCUCGGCAGGGGCAGAGGGCCUGUGCGGUCUGCUGGGAGGGGCUGGAGCAGGAGAGAAGGAAAACAUCGGCUUUGCAAGAGGAGAAACGGGAGUUACAGAAGAGGCUCCGGGAGCUGGAGCAUCGUACCCGCUCCCUCCUGCGGCAGAGGCAGGAAGCCCUGCACCAGCUCCACGUGCUGCUCCAGAAGGAGAAGGUGGACGCCCUUCAGCAGCUCCACGAGGCCCUGGAGCAGGAAAGGGCUGUCGGGAGCACCCGGCUGCGAGCGCGGCUGCGGCGGCUGGAGCAGCUCCUGAGCCACCCAUGGGAGCCGGUGGUGCCAGGGCAGGCUGGAUGGUCCCAGGCCAUGGGGACCACCUCAGUGUGCCCACGCCGGCACAACCCCCUCCCUGACAAUGCCACGGGGCAGGGCCCUUCACCGGCAGUGGUCAGCCAUGCGCUCCAUGUCCUGCGUGGCCUCCGAGAGCAAAUUCAGCAUCACCUUGGGGAGCUGUGGAAGGAGGAUGGACCCCAGGAGCCCACCAGUCAGAGGAGGAAGGAGCACGAGCAGAGGCAGCAGCGAGAGCAGCUUUGCAUGGAGAAGACAGCAGCUCUGGGAGCCCUGAAGGAGCAGCUGAUGCAGAGACGCAGUGAACAUCCGUACCUCCAUCCCACCGCCUCCCCGUCCCUGAGCAUUGUCCCUGGCCUCCAACAGCGUGGCCGUUGGUCCCUGGGGAUCCUGCACCAUUUCCAGCGUUGCAUGCAGGAGCUGCAGCUGGAGAAGACACACCAACUGGGCAGACUGGGGAACCCGACUGUCCUGGGAGGAGAGCUGGGCAUGACAGCAAGAGAGGAGGUACAGGGACAGCCUGGGACAAGGGACUCAACUUCUGCCACAGCAUCACGCAAGCAAGAGGUGCAGAGCUCCACCAGAGAACGUGCCUGGUGGGAAUAACCCUGCAGUGGGGUUUGUUUCUAACCUAGAGACCUUGGGCAGAUCCCAUCACCACCAUAAAUCUGUGUGCUAUGGGGUUAGAGAUACCAGGAUCAUUUGUUGAGGGCCGAGGGACCUGCUGGUGGGAGGGCCACAGAUGUCUUAGGGAGGCCUCUCCUGAGUUUGCCUGGAUGAGGCACAGGGUCCCUACACUCCUCUUCCCACUCUGUGGCCUCUCCUCUGCUCUCCUCAGUCUCCCAUCUCCUACCAUGGGAUGUAGCCAUGGGACACAUCUCACCGGCAGGUUGGAGGUCACAUUUCCCUUUAUGUUCCACCAAAGGGACAGAUGUUUUUAUGGGUUCUGUCUCUUUCUCAGCUGUGGCAGAGGCUCCUGAUGCCAGAUCUCAGUGGUUCCCCACACCCUAGCACAAACAGCAGGAAUGAGCACGACUGCAGGAAGAGUUGUCUCCUGUGACCAGGCCUUGGGCUGGGGCACGGAGAUGGUGAGACAUCCCUGGCUGCUGGCACUCCCUGUGCAUGCCCAGAAGGACCGGUUGUGAAGUUCCUGGAUUUUCCCCUCUCAGGAUGUUUUCCAUGGACCUUCCCAAGUGGAAGUUUCCCUUCAAGCCCCCCUGGCAGAGGUGGUGGCUGGGAACACGCAGUCCAUGUGUUAGGAGUGAUCAGUAUGGGUCCAUGCCUGCACUCCUGCACUGGGCUGUUGUCCAGGUCCAGCCAGGUGAACAUGGGAGCCCUACCAACAUCUUUGCAGCUCUUUCCUCACAUGCAGUCAGGGGCUUGGUAUGAGGGAGAGCACGAGAUGGGGUGGAGAGGUCCAUACCACAGGGGUGGUUGCAGAGAGGGGUUGGGAAGAGAUGGGGGAAGAAGAUUGGGUGCAUGGGGACGUCUGGGCUGGAAGAAGGCUUGCCUCUUCCCAGAUCAAGGUGCAGACUGGGGCCAAGAACAUUGCAAGUGCUUUCGCAAUUAGGAUGUGGGGUCAGAGCAGUAAAUCCCAAACCCACAAAACAGGGCACUGUUAAUGCUGACAAGCCUUUACCAUGGAGGUCAGUGGAGCACUACAAAUUCCAAGUAGGUCAGGGGUUUUGGUGGAAAAACAUCUUCAGAUGACAAGCCUGCAUGAAGCAGGAUCUCUUCUGAUGCCCGUGUGUAUACUGAGUGCUGUGCUGCCAGAGUCAUCCCUUUUGCACAUGCCCUAAGAGCAGAGCCGGAGUGCUCAGAGCAAAGCGUGCACCAAUCUUACUUUUUGGAAGGGAGAACAUAUGAGACGCUUGUGGAAAUAAAUUGUUUCUUUAUGGUAUCUCCUAGCAGGAAUAAUUUUGUAGUCCCAGGCACCUGCGUGUCUGCUUGGAGAGAGCAUAACAGAGGAAAGGCCACAAACCCGUUGAGAGCGUUGCUGCUCUUUCAUGUCCGUACACAGGCUGGGGAGCAGUGAGCUCCUCAGACACGUCGGGUCCCUGCCAGAUCCUGCAUCAGCAUCUCCCUAGUCACAGGGGCUGCGCGGACCAGGGCGUCCUGCGGAAAGGACAGAGUGAGGGUGGAGGGGCGGACAAAAGGGAGCACUCGUGUGAGUGGGACAAGUAAAUCAAGUGCUCCAAAGUCCCACGCCAGCCCCAUCAGGGAGUGCCGUGCUGGUGGAGCAGCACCGGGAUCCUGGUCCAGCGCUCCCACAUCCCUCGGGCACAGGGAAGCGGUGCCUCUUCUCUGCAGCCCAGGGUCACAGUGGAGCCAGGAAUCCCCUAGACCAGACCUCCAGCAAGGGAGUGACGUUCAUACUCGGGGCUCCUGGAUUUAUUUUUUACAUGCCACAUUCUGUAGUGGGGGCCCAGCCCAAGGGUUCAGCUUGGCUCGCUCCCAAGAAAGAUGCAGGGAUGCUUGGGAGCUGUUUGCCACUGGCUUCUUCACUGGGUCAGGAUUUUACCCUCUGAGGGUGAAGUUACCCCGGGCAGUGGAGCUGCUGGGAGGGCUCUGGGCACCCUCCUGCCUGUCCUCACCACCGACUGGACCUUUGCUGAUGGGAUUCAGCUCACUCACCUGGCAGACACCUGCUCUUGCUGAUUUAGGAAGAGGACUCAGCCCAGCUCAAGGUCUCUAUACAGUGGCAUAGAGAUGCUCAAGAUAAUUUAGGAGGGGGUUGUCCUGGAAAAGAAGAGGUCCUGCUCCUCUGCUAUCCCUCUCCUCUUCUCCAUGUGAGCUGCACACUCCUUGCCGUGGUUGUCUGUCCACUCUGGGAGCAAAUUCUGCUGGGUGAGGGUAUCGGAGAAAGCUGGCAGGCCCAGUUUUUACCUCUGUUAAUAAGCUGGUUCUGUGAAGUGCCUGAGCAAGCGCCAGGGACAGGGCAGGAGUGCAGAGCUAGGAAGAUGCCAGUAGCACUGCUGGGGCACUUGCAUUUGGGGGAGUGUUGGACCGUUUCAUGGGAGCACUGCUUUUCCCACGCACAAUUUACAUGAAUCCUUUUCUCCCUGGGCAUCGAGGCUUCUGCAGGGGCCGCAGUGAAUCCUGAGUGUCACAGUUACAGGUGUUGCGUGAACUUGCAAUGAAUGCAAUUGGAAAGCUUCUGCAAAUUCCUCAUUUAAAAGUGCUGUGUGGUUGUGACGGCUCUUGAAGCUGGCAAGUGCCCUCAGGCAAGCAGGAUCCCGCUGCACAGCCAGGCUGGGAUGGUUGCAGGCAGAAAUGUGUAAUGAAAAAACCAACAGGGAAUUGUUCUGUUUAGAUGCUUUCAUUUAAUUUUGAAAAGGAGAAGCCUAUUUCUCAGUCUCUACACAUCUUAUUGGAAGAAUGCUGGUUUUAAUUUGCAAGAGAACGUCCGAGGAGAGUUUCUCCAUGUGCAAGGGGGAAAAUGAGAAUUUCUUGCAGUACUUUAUUACUAUGCUCC